AUGUCGACACUACAAAAGACCGGCGCGAGACGUCACUCGUUCUCGUCGUUCGGCGUACGCCACGAAAAGCACACCAACAUACCAUACAGCGCCACGAGCCACCCUGACAACCCGAUACCCAUAGAGCCGCUACGGAGCAACGAUAUGAGCCUACCCAUCGAUGCGCAAAUCAAGUUGAGCAACCUCAGUGCCAUGGCAAAGGCAGGUCCCCGGUCGAGCGGCGAUAGCAUCGCUGGAUAUAGCGACGAUACCAACACCAGCGACUCCGAUGCGCCCUCCACCCCACCGACAGAGGCUACAGACGUUGGCGACGUGCCCGUCGACAGGAUGAAGCAACUCACGCUUGAACAACCUGCGAAGCCAACACGAAAGAGGCGAGCCAGCACAACAUAUGCAUCCAACGCCGAUGACAUUAGAAGACUCAUUGGAUCGGGCGGAGGCACCAAGUUCUUCCAGAAGUACUGCUGUGGUGAGGGAUGUUGCAUGAUCGAGUCGCUACCGCUACAUACCGACGAGGCAACCUUCGCACCCAUCAUCACACCCAGCACCGACGCCUACCGAUUUCUGAACCUCGAUCUUCGAUCACUAUCGCUGGACACAGAACUUACCAAAAUCGUCGGGCUACCCGAACAAAAGAUAUCCUUUGGCAUGGUCAGAAGACAGUCCAUCCGUGAGAAGUUCCCACGGGAGGCGAUGCACAAGCACGAUGCUGCCGAGGUGCAAGCAUACCCGCCGGAGUACAUGAAGCCACACCCUCCAUACAACAUUUUCAAUGCGCCACUGUAUGCUGCUCGUGAACUUACAAAGCCGGGCGCAGAAAAGCGGACCUACCACUUCGACAUCGACGUCACCGACUAUCCCGAGGAAGGCGGCGUGGACUUCAAGGUCGGUGGCGCCGUUGGCGUGUGCCCGCCAAAUGAUCCUGCCGUGGUCGACGACAUUAUGGAACAGCUCGGUAUUCCUCGAUUCUCGCGCGACAGAGCUAUCCGAUUGCACACCACUGGAGGACGCUGGCCGACCAUUUGGGGCGAUGAGGGAGCCAGAGAACUCGUCACAACGCGAAGAGAGAUCCUCACAUGGACGGUCGAUAUCUCAUCGACAGCUCCCACCAAGCCUCUCUUGAGACUCUUGGCGGAAUAUGCUGGCGAUCCUAACGAGAAGAAAAUCCUCGAGUACAUGUGCAGUGCACAAGGUCAGGCGACGUUCUGCGACCUACGGACUGGUCCACACAUUACCCUCCAGCAACUACUUCAUGCAUUCCCCUCGUCUAAGCCGCCGCUUGAGACGUUGUGCUGUGCCUUGACACAGUUGAUGCCACGCUUCUACUCACUUUCAAACGACCCGCAUGUGUCUUCUGCUAGGGAAGGACUUGCCGGCCGACGAUUGAUCGAGGUUGCGGUCACAGUUCACGAGACUGAUAACUUCAAGGACAAUGUGCGAUCUGGUGUCGGAUCUGGUUUCCUCGAGCGCCUCGCCAAGAGAUUCAUCGAAGCCGACGAGAAAGGCCAGAAAGAAGCCGAAGCCAACGGUUUCUGUCUACGACCUGGUGUCGCCGGCAGAAGACUCAACCUUCAUGUCCCUAUGUUCCGAGGCUUGAUGGCAAACCCGCUAUCGAAGGAGUUCAUCAGCGACGGCCCAAUGGUUCUGAUCGGCGCCGGUGUGGGCAUGGCGCCCUUCCGAGGCUUCAUCUUAAACCGCCUGAAGAAUGCCAAUUGCGCCAACAAGAUCUGGCUCAUUCAGGGUAUUCGCGACAGCAUGCUGGACGAGAUCUAUCGCGGCGAGUUAGGCGACCACGAACAAGACAUCAAAAAGGUGGUACAGUCCCGAGCACCCUUGCCUCCUGUUGCCGAAGACGAGGCUGGCGUGGUGGAAAACUCCGACGAAGAUGUACCAUCCCUCGUGAAAGACCCGAAGAAGCAGGACAAGGUCGCGAAGUACGUUCAGGACGAAGUUCGACACCAAGCAGACAUAGUAUGGUUUGUCAUCAACUCCAUCGAUGGACGCAUCUUCGUCUGUGGCUCUAGUAAAGGCAUGGGCGAAGGUGUCGAGGAGGCGCUUAUGGACGUCGCCAUGGACAAGGGUAACCUCGACCACGAGACUGCCAAGCAGUUCUGGGAGAGCAAGAAGUCAGCUGGGCAAUAUAUCGCCGAGACGUGGUAA